AUGCCAGAUGAUGUUUCUUACCGUAAGAGAUCAUCUCAAUUUUCUACUUUUCCAUGUAUUCCUUUAUCGAACUGUGUGGCAAGUAAUGCAGUAGACAGAGACAACAGGACUUGUAUGAGGUCUGAUAACAUCGGUCCUGCAUCAACAUAUAAGACAGUGUGGUGGUAUGUAGAUCUGGGAGACGUGUAUAGUGUGUAUAGCAUCAGGAUACUGUUUAAAUCAUACGGGGAACAAUACGAAAACAGGCAAAGAGGUCGUUUUGCUGGGUUUUCUUUAUAUCUUUCUUAUACUGCCAACAAAGAAAGGGGUUUCUUGUGUUAUAAAGACGGGCCACAGUUACCUCCCCUUGACUUCACAACAACCUGUUAUGGACAUGGCUCUUAUGUUAUAUUUUACAACGAACGAUUAAAUGAAGCUGUUUAUCCCCAAGGAUAUGAGAAGUUGAUUAUAACGGAGUUAUGUGAAGUGGUAGUUGAAGGUUGUAAAAGAGGUACAUAUGGUAAACUGUGUAAAAAUAAUUGUUCCGAACAUUGUCAAGGGGAAACGUGUGAUAUCAUUAACGGAACCUGUCUGGGUUGUAUGCCUGGAUGGACAGGGCAGUUCUGUCAAAAGUCAUGUGAAAGAGGAUCACAUGGUCUAGACUGCAAAUUUCGAUGUUCAGGACAUUGUCUGGAUGGUCAAACCUGUAAUCCAGUGACUGGAAUCUGUGACGAAGGUUGUGCUCCUGGAUGGACUCCGCCGAUGUGUAAUGAAUCAUGCAGUUAUGGACGCUAUGGCCCAAACUGUGCUUCUAACUGCAGCGGACAUUGUUUAAAUGGAAACAUGUGUAACAGGAAAACAGGGCGUUGCGACUCAGGUUGUUCAACUGGAUAUCUCGGAGAUUUGUGUAAUAAAGAAUGUACCUCAGGCUGGUUUGGUAAUGAAUGUAGUCAGCUUUGUAGUGGACACUGUGCCAAUGAGGAAUUUUGUAACCACAUUGAUGGACAUUGCUAUAAUGGCUGUAAAAAUGGCUACCUUGGGAAUAUGUGCAACGAAUCUUGUGCGCAUGGUUUCUAUGGUGCAAACUGCUCUAAAAGUUGUUCUCAGAAUUGUAAGGAAAUAUGUAAACACACCGACGGAUCCUGUUUGUGUAAAAUUGGUUGGGCGGCUCCCAUUUGCAGUACAGAAUGCCCUCAAAAUACGUAUGGUGAAAAUUGUACUCAUUCCUGCAGUGCCAAUUGUGCUAAUGAUACUUGUGAUAGGUUUAAUGGGAGUUGUACUGGAGGAUGUAAAGAACCAUACUAUGGUGACAUGUGUGAAGAAAUGGACAGUAAGUCAGCAAUACCAUUCAUCAUCGGCGGAGUUCUUGGUGCAAUUGUCUUUGUAACCAUCCUUAUUGCAUUGGUUGUUUAUUUAUUGCGAAAAGGAAUCUUUAGAUCCUUGAUAGAAAAAAGAAGACACUCACAAAUAUAUAUAACCAGCACAGAUACAUUGAAACAACCAAAAGAUGAAUCCCAUACCUAUCAAACGUUAAAUACCUUCAAUCCAGAAAAACAAAACUACGUAAACUUAGAUUUACAAGUACCAGGAGAAGCAGCUGCAUGUGGUAAUGAAGGAUUACGUAUUAUUAAAAAACAGGGAAACUAUGUUAAUCUUGAACUGGACAAGGUUUGAAAUA